AGUGGCGGGGGUGUUUGUAGCCCUCCCUCCUCCACCUCCGCCACCCCCGCCCCACAGAGAGUCGGGCUCACGCCAUCUUGCCCCCCCGUCCGCGCCCAGCCACCCUUUCCCUUUAGACUCUCUCAGCCCCCUACCCCGCCCCUUUCCAAGCGUGUCCCGGGCCGCCGCCGCAGAAACCGCACCAUCUCUAUCCCCACAUUCUCCACGCGGGACGCGCAGCCGGGUCUACAAGUGUUCUUAGAACAGAGAUGAAUAACACUGCAGCCAGCCCAGUGUCUACUGCCACUUCAAGUAGUGGAAGAAGUACAGGGAAGUCUGUAAGCUUUGCAGCAGAAUUGCAGAGUAUGAUGUUUUCUCUAGGUGAUUCUAGGAGACCUCUUCAUGAAACAGCAGUUUUGGUAGAAGAUGUAGUACACACUCAGUUAAUUAACCUGUUACAGCAAGCUGCUGAAGUUUCUCAGCUCCGGGGAGCAAGGGUAAUCUCUGCUGAAGAUCUUCUGUUUUUGAUACGCAAAGAUAAGAAAAAACUUAGAAGACUGCUAAAAUACAUGUUUUUCCGAGACUACAAAUCAAAGAUUGUCAAAGGCAUCGACGAGGAUGAUCUUCUGGAAGACAAAUUGAGUGGCAGUAAUAAUGCGAACAAAAGACAAAAAAUCGCUCAAGACUUUCUCAACUCCAUUGACCAAACAGGAGAACUCUUGGCAAUGUUUGAAGAUGAUGAAAUUGAUGAAGUUAAACAAGAAAGAAUGGAGAGAGCAGAAAGACAAACUCGAAUUAUGGAUUCAGCUCAAUAUGCAGAAUUCUGUGAAAGUCGACAGUUAAGUUUCUCCAAAAAAGCCUCCAAAUUUCGAGACUGGUUGGACUGCAGCAGUUUGGAGAUAAAGCCCAACGUUGUCGCUAUGGAAAUUUUAGCAUAUUUAGCGUACGAAACUGUGGCACAGUUAGUGGAUCUGGCUCUUCUUGUGAGGCAGGACAUGGUAACCAAGGCAGGAGACCCCUUCAGCCAUGCCAUUUCUGCCACCUUCAUUCAGUAUCACAGCUCUGCUGAGGGGUCUUGCCUAAGGUCCUACCCAGACUCUCCUGAGAACACACCUCCUCCUACACCGAGCGCUCCAUCAUCUGGAUCACAGCUCUCAGGGAGAACCACAUCAGGAUCCCUAGGGAAUGGGAGUGCUGGACAAGACUCAGCUAAAACCAAACAAAGGAAGAGAAAAAAGAGCACUGCGGCCUGUGGUGUUGAGGCUCACAGCGAUGCCAUCCAGCCCUGCCACAUCAGAGAGGCCGUUCGACGCUACGGCCACAAGAUUGGCCCCCUUUCCCCAUUCACAAGUGCCUACCGCAGGAAUGGGAUGGCUUUUCUGGCCUGCUGAUGUGACUGUGACUGAGACAACAGGAAAGGCAGUGUUAUAUUAAGGUGCUGAGAAGCAAGAAACAGUAGACUCGCUCAUUUGCCAGCGCGCUCUCAAGAUGCACCAGAGGGGAAAUGAAACUCAUCUCGCCUGUGGUUUGUGCUGAGCUGCGCUUCCCGCCACUGCUCCGGGGGUCACACAGGCCCCUGCUCGGGACAUGUCUCACACACUCGGUUUGUCAUCCCUGUGAGCCUGUGUCAUGGAAGGGUGCGCUGUUUGCAUGUGUUUCUUAUAGAACUUGAUUGGCCCACUGGCCUUUCUUCUGUUCAUUACCCACAUUUGUCUUAGAAAACAGCCACCUUGUUCUAGCUGUUGGAGAAAGACAGGGCUUUCCUCCAGCUCACCUGAGUCCCCUCGGUCGCUUAAUUAGCAAGUGGCAAGAAGUUCAGAGAAGUCUGUCAGGACAGGAGAAUGUGCUCCGGCCUCCUUGUCACCUAAUUUGAAUCCUGGGCCACACUCUUGGGCAGAGGACACAAUGGCACAUCAGGUGGUGUCCUGGUCAGGUCUCAGGUGGGUUUGUAAUAUUAAAAGAAUAAUAUAAUAUUAGUGAAUGCAAGGCAGUAUCUGAAAGGAAAGCCAACGUUCCCUUGACGUUUAUAAAAACAUUAUGGUAACAAGUGAAUUCUUUCUGUGGAAUCUGUUAAACUAAUAUGCAGUAAAUAUAAUGGUUUAAAGUCAAAAUCCCAUUCUUGAUUUAUGGAUUUACCAAAUUAACCUGCCAGACUCUCAUCCUUCUUGCAUAGGCGAAACUACAGAACCUUUCCACAGUCUCACUUCACUCUUCGGCUACACGUUCCAAUCCCAGACCUGUCGCUGGCACCACGAAUGUUUUCCCCCUUCUCCUGAUGUCGUCUCAACAUCUCAGGGUCGUUGGCGUUUUCUCAAGACUGUAACCCUUAUGCAGUCGUUCAUGGGACCAGCUGGUGACCUCACACACUCCCCAACUGUGCUGCAAACCAUUUCAACACAACCCCAUGCCUCGGAGUUUUGAUAACUUGACCUGGAGCUCCUGGGUCUGUAGCAACUUGGGGGCAGCUCAGUACCUGCUAAGGUAUUGCUUCCCCUGCCCCCGGCCCCCCAAAAGGGCUGUAAAAGGUUAGGGUUCUGAGAGGUGGGCAGAGGCUGUGGCACACACGCUCCUGGGCCCACAGAGGAAGGCCUCCUUUCUCCUCCUCCCUGGCACAUGUCCGUUCUGACGCCUCCUUCGCUAAGGGCCACGUGCUCCAGACCAGCAGCCACAGCAAGAGGGGCCAGCUCUGGGGUGAAGAAAAGAGAUGCCGAGGCAUCCUCAGAAGGACGCUGUCCUUCCCCUCACAUAUCAUCCGCUGCCCGCAGCCCAGCUCCCCUGAAGCCCUGGAGGGGCGGCCACGGGCAGAGUGACGCUGACUCAGAAAUGCCCCCUUUGUGCCUCUUUUGCCAGUAGCAGAACUUCAGUAGCAGAACUUGAUCUUUCAGGAGUCUCUUUGGGAAUCUCUGGGUCUUCUGCUUUUAACAGCUAAGUGAAGCAGUAUCCCCUUAUAAAAGGAAAAAUGCAGCUUCAAGAUUUGCUCAAGACAGAAUGAUGACACUUGGCAAGUCCAAAAAGAAGAACACUUCACUGCCCGCUCUCUGCUCCCAGAUGUUCGGAUCACUGAGAAAUGGUACAGCCAGGGUGAGGGGGUGCGAACUGCUUGUUUAUUUGGCGUCUCCUUGGGGGGUUAUAAAAAACAAACAACAAAAACACACACAGAAAAGCUCGACACAAUAAAUAAACCAUCGACAGUAACCUAAGACGAAGCGCUCCUGCGAGAUUCUGAGCCUGUGUGUUUGUUGCUGUUCUGCAAUUAGCCGAGGAUGCUCGUGGAUUGUGCUAACGCAGCACUGAGCCCCGGGCCAAACACCUUCUCAGGUUUUUUUCCCCCUCUGUGUUUUGCUAAUCCCUGGAUGAAACAUAAUCGCAGAGCAAUGUUCAAGGUUGGACGCAACAGGGAGGAACUCGGCGUUGGCUCCCACCCAGUGCAAAUAACAUGCCAUUGGACUUAAGGCAGGAGGAAGGAUGUUAAACAAAUACACUCCCUCCAGCCUCCCAGGCAAUGGCUCGCUGCUCUCCACAGAAGCCCCAAGUUUCCCCAAGCUGCUCACUCAGCUCCCAGGUUUCAUCACCUGAGAUAUGUUGUAUAAGAUAAAUAGGCAGGGAGGCCAACGAGCAAAAAUCCCAAUCAGGAAAAGAAUGGAAAGAGAAUUAAGUCAUUUAUUCCCCUCUAGGGCGAAAUUAAAGUAACAAAAGUAUCUGUAUAUAAUAAAUAUAUAAUUAUACAUAAUAAUUAAACUCCAGCCCCUUGCAGUCAUCAUUCUUUUUCCCUUUCUCUCAAACCAGAGGAAAACAUUUCUCCUUAUUGUGAUUUCAGGUGCAGACUUCUGAAUCAGAAGUUCCAGGUACCACCUGACUCCUUGUCAUUUUGUGUUCUGAUGACAGCAUGGGAAAGGGAAUCAGAGAAUGGGACAGAAUUUUCUCCAGUGAACAGAGAGAGAAGGCUGUCUAAAAGUACUCAUCUGUUCCACAUAAAGUUUUCUAAAAUAUACACACACGCAAGUGCAUGUAUUUGUAACUCAUUUAAUCUUUUUUUUAAUACAUUUAUUUUAUUUAUUUAUUUUUGGCUGCA